UCACAAAGAGUCCCACACUGAUAUGUUGACGGGCAGGGACGCUGUCAUUGUCAUGCGUUGCUAACAGAACCCUUUAGCUAAGUCAGCAAUCGCUGUGCGUCUGCAAACAUGGACCAGAGGUAGAUAAUUAGCCACAAAUAUCUAUGAUGUCAUCAGCCAGUGACACCGCAGUGUCUCCAGGUGGAGGUGGAGGGUCAGUCAUGGAGAUGUCAAACUUCGCCCAUGUGAUCUUCCAGAAUGUGGGGAAGAGCUUCCUGCCUCAGGCAGCACUGGAGUGCCACUACACGCUCACACCUUUCAUCACCCCCCACCCCAAGGACUGGGUUGGCAUCUUUAAGGUGGGUUGGAGCAGUGCUCGAGACUACUACACUUUCCUGUGGUCUCCUAUGCCUGAGAACUACACUGAAGGCUCCACUAUCCACAGGGUUCUUGUCUUCCAAGGUUACUAUGUUCCCCGUAGCGAUGGUGAGUUUUAUCAGUUCUGUUACGUCACGCACUUGGGCGAAAUCAGAGGGGCCAGCACACCCUUCCAGUUCCGACCAGCCACCCCCACAGGGGAGGAGCUACUGACUGUAGAGGAUGAUGGGAAUUCAGACAUACUGGUGGUUACAACCAAAACCGGACUACUAGAGCGGCGUGUGGAGGAAGUUCAGCAGGAAUGCAGGGAGCUGCAAAAAGCUGUUUGUCUGCUCACACAAGAGAGGGACCAACUUAAAGAAGAACAGAGACAGCACAAUCGGGAGCAACAGCAGAGGCUGCGAGAGGAGAGAGAGAAAGCUCAAGCUGGAGUGAAACAGCUGGAGCAGGACCUGCUAGGAGUCACACAGAAAGCUGUGCUUAAAGAGACUGAGUUGGACUGUCUGAGAAGCAAGUUACAAAAGGUGACCAUGGAGAGGGAUAAUCUGGAAAUUCAGCUCAAAAACGAGAGAGAUGAAAGGGAGCUGUACAAAUCUCACAUGCGCAGUGCUGAGCUGGAAAACACUAAGCUGAGUGCAGAGCUGCAGAUGCUGAAGGCAGUGGAGCUAAACCGAGAGGUCACCAUCUCACAGUACCAAGAGGAGAUACACAGACUCCACACAGAAAGAAACGCUCACCCUGCAGAUGAAAAUGUAAUAGAGCAGUUACGUCAGGUGAAGGAGCAGCUUGAGGCCACGUACCAGCGAGCAGCUAUGCUGGAUUCUGAACUACAUGAGGCAUCCAGUGAGCAUGAACAUACCAAGGCAGAGCUUCAGCGUGUCCGUCAAGAGGCAGAGAUCAUCAGGGCCAGCUUAGCCGAAGCCCAGGAGGAGUGCAGAAUCACCCAGAACCAACUAUAUGAGCUGAGGAGCCAAACGUUACAGAAAACGGAGAGGGCAGAGCCAGUCUCAGAACUCGAGGCUGAACUGCAGAAGGAGGUGGAAGAGCUGAAGCUGCGGCUCCAGAUGGCUGCUGAGCAUUACAAGGAGAAGUACAGAGAGUGCCAGCGGCUGCGCAGACAGGUCACCAAACUUGCACAGAAGCAGGAAAUGCAGCAGGAGGACUGCAGCAGGAAUGAUGCCUCCACAGACACCAACCAGGAGCCCAACAUGAUGGAUGCAGAGUUACCUGCUACAAAAAAGAAGCCUGAGGUUCAGGAGUGUGCUGAGGAAAAAACAAAAGGAGAACGAGAAGAGGGAGAAGGAGAAAAAACAGAAGCAGGCAAGGAAGAGCAAAGAGAGGAAGGGGAGGAGACUAGUGUGUCAGUAGAGGCGGAGCUUGCUCGGAUGGAGGAGAGGUGGCGAGAGCAGUGUAUCAUCAACGACAACUUGAAACUACUGCUGGCCGAUGAAGAGCAACGGUUUAAGGCACAGUUAGCUGAGAAGGAUCGGGAGGUCUUUUCUCUGAGAGAGAGUCUAGCUGAGGUGACAAAAGAAAAGGGCAAGUUGGAAGAGGAGCUGCAUUCACGUGCAGGCAGAGAGGAAGGUGCUUAUGGACAGAGGUCAGAGGUCAGGGAGCCUGUGGUGUUGCGUUAUCCUCUGCCUUACCCUCAUGACUCACCCCCACUUCCAUUGGUGCCCCAGCAACCUGCCGAGCUGCAGUAUGGAAACCCUUACUGUGAACAAAACACACGCGACGGUGCAGAUGGGGCAUUGUCCCCACAGCAAAGUUGUCGCCCCCCUCCGGUAGCCCCACCUCCGUGGGUGGGUCCUGUGGUGUGCAGUCAGCCGUUGCGCAAUCUCAGUCCUCCUGAUGGCCUGGAGAAUCCCGCUGAGGAGCGGCCCAAUGGAGGUGAUGGUGAAGCUCCUGCAGUCUGUGAUCAUCAGAGUCCUGAAUCCAAUGAGAGCAGCUCCAGCUUUUGCUUUGACACUCGGACUGAUGUUCAUAAGCGCUGUCCUUUGUGUGAAGUCAUUUUCCCACCGCACUUUGAGCAGCGCAGUUUCGAGCGUCAUGUCGAGUCUCACUGGAGGGAGUGUCCUGUGUGCAGUGAGCAAUUCCCUCUGGACUGCCAGCAGCACCUGUACGAGAAGCACGUUCUCACUCACUUCGAUAGCAACGUGCUCAACUUCGACAACUUUGAUUAGGAAAGGUGUGACUCCAUCAUAUAAAGCCAUCAGGUGGCAUCCUAAUAGGCUCUGAAGUGGAGGGCAGUGUAAAUGCUGAUCAGCACUUUUUGAUGAUGCUACUUUUGCCUGUGUGCUUAUGCUCGCAUGUUUUUACAUCACUAACAUUCACCAAUCAGAGUUUAGAGAGUUGCACAUCCACACACUACUGUCUCAUAAGGACGUUUUGUUGCUCAGUGCCAUUUAUUAAAUCUUUUGAUCAUAUUA